UAGGAGAGCUGCCAAUUCCGUGCUCUUCAAAAGCGGAAGCGCUGGUGUAGAGUCAGUGCGCCCGCAUCGAUCUGUGUGGAGCGGACACAGGUUUGGAUAGACUUUCAACCCCUUUGUGCUGUGGGCGUGAAGUGUCGCCUUCCUCCCGCCAUGAUGGCGGAAUAUGUCCAGUCUCUGUUGACAUUUUUCAUAUUGGAGGAUACGUGGUUGAUGUGAGAUAUAGGGAGGUUCUCUCUCCAACCGCUCCGUGAUGGACAAGGGCUGGUCCUGGGUGGUUCUAGGGUCAUGCUUCGUGGCCUUCCUGCUGUCCGGCUGGUUUGCCUAUACCGUCGGCAUCAUCCACGUCGCCCUCCUGGACGUCUACCACGACGACAACGCCAAGACGUCGUGGGUGGGAGCCCUCCACUCCAGCAUGAUGUGCCUGACAGGCCCCGUGGCGAGCUUGGUGAUCAACCGCUACAACUGCCGCAUCUGCACCAUCAUCGGCGGCAUCCUCAUCCUCGUCGGCUUCACCAGCUCCGCCUUCGUCCACAGCAUCGACGUCCUUCUCAUCACAUACGGCGUCAUUGCAGGUGCAGGGACGGGCUUCAGUUAUUGCGCCGCUGUCGUCAGUCUGGGGUACAACUUCAAGAAGUACUUAGGAAUCACAGCCGGGGUCUCAAUGACUGGUGCCGCACUCGGCCUCUUCAGUGGCGGACCCGUCAUCCGCCUCUUCGUCGAUAACUACGGCCUCAGCGGGACCUUCCUCCUCAUGGGCGGUGUGGGCGCCAACAUGUGCGCGUGUGGGAUGUUGUUCCGCCCGACCAAGUUGGAAAGGAUUCUGAAAAGAAAACGUCUCAAAAAUGAAAACCAAACCUUGAGAGAAUCUGCCCGCGACGCUUGGCAGCGGUAUGUUCUUAUAUUCCAGAACAAAGCGUUUGCUCUGUAUUGUGUUAGUAUAUUCUCGUGGAAUCUCGCCCAGUCCGCGAUUUACCUUCAUCUUCCAUUUUAUGCCCAAAGUAAAGGAACUUCUCCCGAAUCAGCGGCCGCGCUCUUCACAGGAAUGGGCGGAUUCUCGUUGGUUGCACGAGUUCUCACGGGACUUGUUGUGACGAAACAGGAAGUAGACGGGCUUAUUUUACACAUGGGGUGUCUAGGAAUGGCGACGGUAGCCACCUUCUUGUUCCCGCUGUACAGCGCCACCUAUCUGGGACAGAUGAUAUAUUCCUCAAUACUGGGCUUCUAUCUAGCAAGUCCCAUGGUGCUGCUGAGCCCCCUCACCGUGGAGCUAGUGGGCGUGGACAAUCUGGCAGCAGCUAUCGGACUGGGGACAUUCGUCCUUGGUUCAGGAUAUCUGGUUGGACCUCCCAUUGCAGGAUUCAUCAUCGACAUUGGGGCCAGUUACGACAUCAGCUUCAUGGUGUCAGGCUGCUUCUUCUUGGUGUCAUCUCUUGUUACUCUGGGGGCGGCAGCACUUCAUGGAAGAUCCCAACUUCCGGUUGAACCGGCGCUUUUCACCAGCCUCACUAUCAUUCCGGCGGAAGCAGCUAGCAAUAUCAGCCUCCACGCAAGAGAGCUGCGAGAAAACGCGGCCGUGUAUAGGUCAUGGGACACAGAGAAACCCAAACAUAUACGAGAUAUUAAUAUGUUGAUAGAUGAGCUGGAGCGAGAUUCUACAUAUCACACUGUAGACGAUAAUCAAAAGACACAACACAGCGAAAUAUCCUCAUUAGUCGAUAAUAACACCACCAAGCCUGACGCCGCAGAAUUACAGGAAGGGUAGUAAGUUGAGGUGAUACAAAACAGCUGUUUGUACAGAAAUACGGACAGUACGUCACGUCAAAUACGGACAGUACGUCACGUCAAAUACGGACAGUGCGUCACGUCAAAUACGGACAGUACGUCAGGUCAAAUACCGACAGUACGUCACGUCAAAUACGGACAGUACGUCACGUCAAAUACCAACCCAAUUUACUGGCAAGGCCACGCCCAUUUAAUUAUUUGUUCUCGUGAUUCUACAGUUUGGAUUAUGUACAGUGUUGUUGCAAAUGUACUUGUAUAACCUUGACAUAUAUACUAAGUAUAUAGGCUAUUUCUUUGUACAUGUUAUAAGUAUGCAGAAUAACAUAUCUGAUUAUAUUAUGAAUAUAUUAUAAGAAUAUAUUAUGUGUCGCCUUUCGAGGCUUGUUACUCAAAUAUCCAGAGUAUAAUGUGUAUGUAGUUAAUAUAAAAGGGUACCGUUUUCAUAACCGUGUUCUUAUAUAUAA